CGUCGCUGCUCGCCAGGAAAGUGCAUCAUCGCUCUCAUACAGUGCUCAAUGAUGGUUGUCGAGCAGCGCGUCCCUUUCGAGGGCCUUGCGUUCCCCUCGACGCGUUCGUCGACUUCGUGAGCUCCAUGUUGACACAAUAUCGCGCCUAUCAGCACGAGCGGCUGCACGACAUCUUGAUGGACGACACUCGUGUCCGGCCAGAUGAACGCUCACUCGCGGAGCUGCGCUCUACUAUCGUUGCGCUCGACUCUCUCUGCCGCAGCGUCGUCGCUACCGAUCACUCGGCGUGGACCUCCAGCAGCGAGUAUCAGAAGAGUCGGACAGAGCAAGAACGCGCUCUAGAAGUUCAGAACAACAGUCCAGAACAGGCCUUGUUCCGGAUCAGUUCGUAUCUGGCGGACAAGCUGGACGAACGGCAUGCCUUUGAUGCAGCAUUGCAGUUCACAAAGUAUCGCAUGGGCCUUCAGCACUUUGCAAAGCACAAUUCAGAGAGCUUCGUCGUCGAUGAUGACGGGUCCGACGAAGCUGAUGUUGCUGACUCAAGACAAAUCGCUAUGUUUCAAUUUUUAGAGCUUCUUGCAGACAAUCCCACCCUGUCGCAACUUUUCGUGCCAGUCCGCUUCUGAAUUGCUCUUCAUCAUUAUUCUCUCUCACCGCAUUCUACAAAUCAUCGCCUUUGCAUCUGCAAAAGAGCAAAUAUUCAUACGCUGCAUGAUCCUCAGCGCGCCGUCACUGCUGAUCGCACUCAGCAUCCUAGUCCUUCCUUUUUUUAUCAUGUCCUCCAAUAGUCGCAAAGGGUACUUAGAGCGUUGCCUCGACUUUUUCGUGUAUGAAUAUACACACAGUCG